CUUUCCAAAUAACUGGUUUCUUGUUCUUGAACACUGUACCACUGCCCCCUCUCGCCCUCUCUCUCUCUCUCUCUCUCUUCGCUUCCUCUACGAUAUCAUUCUAGGUCCUCUCUCUCGUUCUACCUUUUUUUUUUUUCCUUUGAUUAUUGACUUUUCAAUUUGCCGUGAGGGAUAAUGGGUAGUUGUUUAAGUAAGAAAAGCACGUCUUCUUCUUCUCCUGGUCCAAUUUUAAAGCAACAAGAACAGAUUGCAUCCAAUGCCCAAUUGGAGAAAAAGAAGGCUGAAGAAGAAAUUGUGAAGAAAGAGGUUUUUUUCAUGAAACACCGGAAGAGCCACGAAGUCGAAAGGCGGUCUGAAGAGGAGAAGAAUGAAGAACGAAAGGACACAGAUGUGGUCGAACUGGGGAAAAAUUCUAGCCCGAUUAAUGAAAUAAAUAAUGAUUUAGCAAAUGGGAAAGGUGUUACAAUGGCAACUCCAGUGAGGACAUCAAGUUGUACUAAAGAAGAGGUGGAUGCUAUUUUGAUACAAUGUGGAAGGCUUAGCCGGAGUUCAUCAACCGGAAAAGUUGGGCUUUCAGGUUCCGGUGUGUCGUCAGAAAAUGCUGGUAAUCUUCAAAGGGGAAGAAAGUACUCUUGUUCAAAAAGGAGUUUUGAUUUUGAUAACGAAAAUGGUAGCGGGGGCCAAAAUGCUGAUGGAGACAAUGAUGGUGUGAUGAGGGGGAAAGAGCACCGCCACAGACAAAGCCAACGCCAGUCCAGAACUGGUGGCUCCGCCUCUCAGGGGCGGAGGAGGACCCCGAGUCGAGAAAGAGACCAGGCGGCGCAGCAGCGCUCCGGCAGCAAAGAAAGAGGAAGCAGUGGGGGUGGAAGGAGGGUAAGCAGAUCUCCUGGUAGAAGAUCUGAAUCUCCAAUUACUACCUCAGCUGGUGCUGAUUCUUCGGCUACAAAUUCUAAUAAUGGCAGUUGUAGGCCGGGAAAGAUGGUCUCCGUGCCUGCCACUGUGUCGUCUUUGGCAAUGGAUAAGAGUAAUAAUGCUGCUCCUGGCGGUGGCGGAGGUGGCUCGGAGCCUAAUUCGACCGCGGCUAUUAAAAAGAUCCAAGAAAAGAGAACUGCUGUUGGGGAUUCGGCUGUGGGUUCGAGGAGUGCUGCUUCGCCUCGUAAUCGGUCCCCUGCACGGGGUAAUGUCAAGGGAUCGAAUGAUAAUUCCAGUCAAAACCAGCCCGUGUCCCUUAGCCGAAGCAAUUCAAGAAAGGCAGAGCAAUCUCCUUACAGAAGAAACCCCCUUAGUGAGAUUGAUACCAACAUUGUAAUGGAACAGACGCCUUUGCCUGCAGGAGUUAAAUCUGUGGACAACAUUCUGUCACAGGUUCAUACAGAGAAAGCAAAUGCAGAAAAUACAAGAGCUGAGCACAAACUUAGCAGCAAGAAAAUAUAUCACAAUUUAGUGAAUUGCAAAGCCAAGGAGCAGUCUCAGUUGAUUGUAGAAGAGAGUAAGUCACAAGGAGUUGCAGGCAAUUUUGCACUAAAUAAGGCAACUUCGGGGCCUGAAAACCUUAAACCUCAGACAAUAACGAGAAGCAGAUCCUUUAGACUAUCCCAAGACCUAGACAACAAGCCUGAAACUCCGCUAGAUCCUACUCCAUCCUACACUUCACUAUUGCUUGAAGAUAUCCAAAGCUUCCACCAGAAGAACGCCCCGACCUCUGCCUUUACUCUCCCACCUAGUGUUACUAAAGCCUGCUCUAUUCUUGAAGCAGUAGCAGACCUCAACUCGAGUACUGGUUCCAACUUGUUUGGUAUUUCCUCAGAGGAGAAAAUGCGAAACCCUACUGCUGAGCAAUUCGUUCGGAGUGAUGAGAAGACAAGAUCAGAGACCAAGAGGGAACCCAUCAUGGAAUCUGAGGUGGUUGCUAAUGAUGAUUUGAUACAGCCAAGCUUUCACAAAUAUGUAACUGUAAGGAGGGGUAUGGUUCCAAGGGAUGAAGACUUGGAAGAGCAAGAAUCAUCAGGCAGCAACAGCUUUGUGGGCAGUCAGGAACACUGGCUCUCUUCUUCGUGGGAGCCUAAUUCGGUUGAUUCAACUGAUCGUUCGACCUCUUUAAUGCCACGUAGCAGGCAGAGUAAUCAAAGUCCACUGUAUAAUCAGAGGCACGCCGUAUCUAAGUUAGGUCACUAACAUAUUGGAAUCAGAGUUGGAUCAAGAGACAUUCACAGGACACCUACGUAGUCGUAGAUAUUUGCUACUCUACUCAUUCGUAGGAUGUUUCUUUCACCAGUUCUAUUCUUGUUAACUGGGAAGUUUAAUGGUACAUUUUGAACAUUGUUUGAUGGAGAAACAAUCACUACCCAUCUUUGCUGCAGUUCAAUACUUCACAGAAAUGUUGGUUAA